GAUAAAUAGAGAAAAACCUCAUACUUAGAUUUUUGAAAAAUUGCGUAUUUGUCGAGAAAAUCGGAAAAGAGUCAAAAGUGUCAAAUCUAUAUAAAAGCUUGAAAAAAUUAAAUUUCAUAAAACUAAUGAUGCAGAAAGUUAAAUUGAUGUGUUUUGGUCCUACGAGUCCUAAUUUGACAAUUGAAAAGAAUGAACAAACCCACAAGAUAAGAGGAGGAAAAAUGUGGAAUUCUGCUAUAAUUUCGCAUUUUUUUUACAGCAGUACAUGAACAGAAAAAACUUUCCAUUCAGCCAGCCAAUUGUAGCCUGUAAAGUAUCAAAUGAAAGCUAGUUCAAUUCCCUACAUUUGUUUCCAAACAAGAAUGCAAAAAUAUUCAGUGGUUUCAUAGCUAUAGCGUCUGGCGUAUCUGGUUAUUUAGAAACCGAAAUGUGAUAAAGGGUUAAUAAUCUUGAGAUUCAAACAUCGUUAACACGUGCAUAUGUUUUCCUCUGUUUUCUGCGUUUGACGUUUAAAAAACUUUUAAGUUCAUUAACUUUCAAGUUUUUCAAACUAUGGACUCGCACGUUGUUAGUAUGUACAACAUAUGCUCCUCUGUUGUUGGCGGGCAAUCGAAGAUAAUAAAACUAUGGAGUCACUUAAGCGGCUCCCAAUAUUAAAUCUGGCGAUGGUGAACUCGUGUUGGUUGUAUUUGUAUACUUUAAAUUCGCCUUCGAAUGUUAAACAAUUCCAUCCCCAACACUUUCGAUGCAUUUUUCUCCCCUUAAAACUUAAUUGGGCAAAUAGGCUGUAUCCGACGAAAGUUGCGCCUGGUCCCAUAGAUUUCAUUGACACAUAGUGUUGGCCUCCCAUGUUGAUCCAGUUUGAAGGGCAGAGGUCAAAAAGUGAAAAAAGUACAAAAACCACCCCAAAGUGGGUAAACCUCACUACUCAUCCCUAGAUCAAUUGCAUUUUUGGAUUCCUCGUCGAAAAUUAGCUAUAACUCCCAAACAUCAGUUUUUGAUAAAACCUCUCACUUUGGCUCAAAUCAUCUCUGAAUGUGCAGUGGGAAAAAUUGAUAUUUUUCUAUACAUUUAUACGGAUUUUUUGCAUUUUUUCGGUUUUUCUCCCAUAACUCGUACUCCAUAUGCAACGGAGCAGAACUUUGUUCAGCAAAGUUUUGAAUAUCGUUGAAAUCUACAAUUUUGCCGCAGACAGUCAUCACGUAUCUCUUAUCAGUAAGGAGAUAACAGUGAUAAUUGAUAAAAGCUAUCAAGGUCAUUCAUAGAUAUCAUAGCUUGAUACAUUUCAAAUCUAUGUUAUCUAUUUCAAGCUAUAAAAGAUAAUAAACGCAUAAUAUCGUUCAACGCAAUCUUUUUUAUUGGAUACUAUUCAUAGCAUCUCUUCUAUGGUUGAGUGUUUUGAAUGCGAAAAACCGAAUUCGAUGGAAUUCCGCAUGAAUAAAUCUAACGCUAACACAUUACUAUAAUUUAAUUUGUUUACUAACAAUCAAUUGCUCACAUGUUCUGCCGUCGCCAUACGUCAUAAUUGAAUCAAUUGAGAUAAGCAUUCACAUCUAAUGUGGAUAUCAACGCAGUGCGAAAUGCGUUUUUAUUGCUAAAACCCGACACACAAAUGGCUGCCAUGAGCUUGUUCCACUUUUAAAUGCUUUUAAAAUGGUAAUUUACAAAUAAAAACAUUAAAUUAUUUAUUCCGUCACCAACAAUACAUUUAAAAGCAUUGACUACGUUGAAUAUCAUUCAGUUGGCGAUGUGCUACGCAUUCAACUAGAUGACGACUACGACAUUCGCAAAAAAAUUGAAAGGAAAUAUGGGAAAAUUGUUGCUUUCGACUUUACUUUUGAGCGUAACCGUAAUUUUGGUGAUUGUCAUAGUGACCACUGAAGCAAGAGCCAAAAAACCGGACGAUUCAGCCGAAAAUACAACUACAACUUACCCAAUUUCACAGCCAGAAGUGAGCGAGACAACACAAAAACCAGCAACAAAUGUGUCGUCUUGGAGUCAUGAAAAUUUGAAAGCCGGAAAUGGAUCCGUUGUUAUAGAUAAAGAUCAAAUCAAUGUCCCCGAAAAUGAUGAUUACGAUGGAGAAUUAUUGGAGAAAUUGGAAAAAACGACGAAAUAUUGGUUUGAUCAAGCUCAAGUGACGUUGAAAGAUCGAUUGUACCGAAAGCCAAAUACAAAUGUUGCGAAAAAUAUAAUCUAUUUCUUGGGCGAUGGAAUGAGUUUGACCACGUUAACAGCGGCCAGGAUUUUCCAAGGUCAACUACAAGGCAAGAAGGGCGAAGAGGCCGAUUUGUGGUUCCAGAAAUUUCCACAUGUUGCAUUGGCUAAGACAUAUUGUCUUGAUCUACAAGUAGCUGAUUCGGCAUGUUCGGCGACCGCAUUGUUGAGUGGUGUCAAAGCGAAUAUGUUUACGCAAGGUGUCAAUGGUCAGGUGGUAAAGAAUGAUUGUGAAGCGAGUAAAGAUCCGCGAAAUCAUGUGUAUUCGUUGCUUCGUUGGGCACAAUUAGCUGGAAAAUCCACUGGAAUCGUAACAAAUACUCGUGUCACACAUGCAACUCCGGCUUCUGCCUAUGCGCAUAGUUCGAAUCGAAUAUAUGAAUCAGAUUACGAUGUCCAUAGAUUUGGUGGAGACCCAGAGGCCUGUGUCGAUAUCGCUAAGCAAUUGAUUGAAGGUGAAACGGGUCGAAAUUUGAAUGUAAUAAUGGGUGGUGGUGCGGAAAAAUUGUUGCCAAACAUAACGAUCGAUGACCAUGGAAAACGUGGUGUGCGUCUUGAUGGUCGAAAUCUUAUAAAAGAAUGGAUCGCCAGUAAAAAGGAUCAAAGUGACACAUGGGCUUUUGUUUCGAACCGAGAUAAUUUGCUGAAUUUAAAUCACUCGUAUGUAAACAAUGUACUUGGCUUAUUUGCUUCGGGCCACAUGAAUUAUCAUUCGGACACAGAUCAUUCCGUGGAACCAACACUCACUGAAAUGACCGAAAUGGCAAUGAAUAUUUUAUCUACCAAUUCAAAUGGUUUUGUACUUUUUGUCGAAGGAGGCUUGAUUGACUAUGCCAAUCAUGCGACACUGGCACAACAGGCUGUGAUUGAAACCUGCCAAUUCAGUGAUGCCAUCAAAAUGGCCGACUUGAAAACGAGCGAAGUUGACACUAUGAUUGUGGUCACCGCUGAUCAUGCCCAUACAAUGACUAUUUCUGGCUAUCCAAAACGAGGCUCGAAUAUUCUCGGCACCAUGACUAGCUUGAACGAAGGCGUCGAUCCAUUAGUUGCCGAUCGCUAUGACAACAAAAGCGUAACAAUCAUUUCGUAUGCUUAUGGGCCCGGGUAUUUUUAUAACCAAGAUAAUAAUGGUGAUAGAAUCGACUUGGAUACGGUUACAAUAGACAAAAACUUCCAAUACAUCGGAUCGGUCGGUUCGGAUAACGAGGCACAUGGUGGAGAUGAUGUUGGAAUUUUCUCUCGUGGACCAUUCAGUCACCUGUUAGCUGGAGUGGUGGAACAAAAUUACAUUCCACAUGUUUUGGCCUAUGCCGCUUGUAUCGGGCCGGAAGGUACAGCGAACAGAUGCGAAGAACACUCCGAACGGCGAUGAUAUUCAUCGAAAUUUAAACUAGAACGGCAUUGAAUUCAUUCCCUGUGUUAUCUCAUAAUUAAUCUGUUAAAUGAAAUUUUUCCAAGAGACUUUGUUUGAGCAAUUAACUGAACAUGAAUAUCGUUUAUUCAAUUUGCUCACGAUGUCAGAUUAUCAAGCAAAUAAUCUCCUUGCGGAAAGACUAAUUCAAUGAUUUAGAAAAGAUAAAGAAAAUUUAACUCAUUAAUUGAAUCGCUGUAAUAAAGUCUCAUGUUUUUAUUGUGGAUGCUUAAUAAACAUGUAAUUACAUCA